UUGUUGGCGAGUGUUGGGAAGCCGAACUGGACGGAGAAAAGAGUGGGAAUACUGAUUUACACGACAUACCGAUUUCUUUUCAAUUAGAUCACAGACUUCUGUUUUUUCUUUCACGACUGUGCAGUGAACGUUCACAGGAGUUGUCGGACGCUACUAGCUGAGUGUAACAGCAGCAAGAACAAGAAGGAUUCUCUGCAUAGGACCUCCACAACAGUGUCGCCGAACCUCGCCCUGAGGGAUCGGGACCAGUCUUCUUCGGCCCUUGAUUGUCCCUUCGGUACUCCGCGCAUCCCAGGCAUGACCCUCACCCCGCGGGGACCCAGUGCUCAGCCUGCCUCAGCCGCCUUCAACAGCUCUUCCUCCAGCCACACUGCUGCAGCCAGCCUCAACCACAGCCACAACAGCCGCACCGGAUCCCUCUCAGGGGACAUGGACGAACCGGACAGCCUACGCUUCGCGGUCAAGCGCUUAAACGAGGACGCCGUCUCCCUGGCCCCUUCCACCACUGAGUCCAUCGUUGUAGAAGAUGCGUACUACUCUGCAUUUCGAGCUGAUCUGGAGUCUGAUGCCCAGGACCUGGAGGUGGAGUCAUGGAGUCUGGCUGUGGACCAGCAGUACCUGAAGAAAUAUACCAAGGAGAUGGUCAAGAGACAGGACGUUAUCUAUGAGCUGAUGCAGACAGAGAUGCACCACGUGCGGACCCUGAAGAUCAUGCUGCGUGUGUACAUGAGGGAGCUGAAGGAGCACCUCCAGAUGGACGAGCUGUUCCCGCGCCUAGAGAGCCUGCUGGAGCUGCACACAAACUUCCUGUCCCGCCUAAAAGAGCGGCGCCGAGACUCCACGCAGCCCGGCAGCGACAGGAACUACAACAUACAGAGACUCGCUGACAUCCUCACCACACAGUUUUCAGGUGAGAAAGGGGACCGGUUGAAGGAGAACUAUGGUGAUUUCUGCAGCCACCACACCGAGGCUGUCAACUACUACAAGGAGCAACUACACAACAACAAGAAGUUCCAGAACCUCAUACGGAAAGUCAAUAAUUUGUCCGUUGUGAGAAGAUUAGGAGUGACAGAGUGUAUUCUCCUGGUGACACAACGCAUCACCAAGUACCCUGUGCUGGUGGAACGCAUCGUGCAGAAUACAGAAGUGGGUACGGAGGAACACGAGGAGUUGACCAGGUCUCUGGGUCUGAUUAAAGACUGCAUCGUCCAGGUGGAUGCCCUGGUCAACCUGCAUGAGAAGGCCUCGCGCCUCCGAGACAUCGCCCACAAGAUGGAGCCCAAGUCCCUCGGCAAGAUCAAAGAUGGCCGUGUGUUCCACAGAGAGGACCUGGCCCAGGGUCGACGCAGGCUGCUGCACGAGGGGACGGCCAACCACAAGGCCGCCUCCGGCAGACUCAAAGAUAUUGUGGCUGUGCUGCUGUCAGACGUGCUGCUGUUACUCCAAGAGAAGGACCAGAGAUAUGUUUUCUCCACAGUGGACAACAAGCCCUCAGUGAUCUCCCUCCAGAAGUUGAUAGUGAGGGAGGUGGCCCACGAGGAGAGGGCCAUGUUCCUGAUCUGCGCCUCCUCCAAUGAGCCGGAGAUGUACGAGAUACACACCGCCUCCAAGGAGGAGCGCAACUCCUGGAUGACACACAUCCGGCAGGCCGUGGAGAGUUGUCCACACACUGAGGAGAGACUCUUCAGUGAGCAGGAGGAGGCUCGAGCCGCCAGAUUCAACGAGUUCCAAGAGUGUCUGAGCCAGAAGGACGCCCAGAUCGUGAUGUUUCUGACAGAGAAGCUGCAGCUGUUUUCAGACAUGUGUCUGGUGUCUGGUCACGAGGAUACGACCUUCCGCUCCCGCCUAAUGCUGCGAGGUGACGCCUCAGACCUCCACCAGGGGGAGACACUGCUCAAGGGGACCAUCACUGAUGUGGAGAGUCUUCAGAACCUGUUGCUGUCUGGUGUGAGAGAGCCAGCUUCACGUCUAGAGGAGGGUUCAGGGUCCGGGGCUCUGCCCAGGAGAGCAGACACCUUCGGGGGCUAUGACAGCAGGCCCAUCAUCCUCAACAAGAGCAUUGUGAAGAAGAAGAAGCACAGUGGAGGGGGCAUGGCCAGAGACGGGACCCAGAAAGGCUGCUCUGACCCCCAGCUUACGAAGAUCCAGGCUAGUCAGACCCUGGAGCAACCACAGGCUGAUGAUGAUGAGGAGAAGGAAGAGGCCUCUCCAGCCACCUGGAACCCCAUCUGGUCCAACACCUUCCCUGAGGCUGAGUUCUUUGACCGGGUGCUGAUGCUGUCCCAGAGACUCUACAGCCUGCAGGCCAUCAUCGCCAAGCAGGACAGCCGCAUCGAGCUGCAACGUGCCUCCCUCACUGAGCGCGCCUCCUUCCCUGGGCGUCAUCGCGACAACGUUCUCCUGGAGCAGGAGAAACAGAGGACGUUGGCCCUGCAGAGGGAGGAGCUGGCCAGCUUCCACAAGCUGCAGUCACAGCACCGUCAGGAGCAGGCUCGCUGGGAGAGGGAGCGGGAGCGCCACCGGCUGCAGGCCGAGGCCAUGGAGGGGAUGCUGAGGCAGAGAGAGGAGGACUGCAGGAGGCUGGAGGAGAAGCUGGCGGAAGAGAGGGAGGACCUGGAGAGACAGAGAGAGACGUACCAACAGGAUCUGGAGAGACUGAGGGAGUCGACCCGCACAGUGGAGAAGGAGAAGGAACGCCUGGAGCAGCAGAGGAAGAUAAAGAGGAAGACCAUUGAGGUGAUGCCCUUCUCUGGCAGUCUAAAUGGGGAUCUCCUGCUGGGCGUGGGCAGUAGCGGCAGCGUCGGAUCAGACCUCUCCGUCCCCCAGAAGGCCCUUGUUCGUUCCAGCCCUUCUGUGGCGCCCGCAGACUACCUGGAGCGUCCUGAGGUUCUGGCUCGGGGUCAGGGCGCCAACGCCACGGCGCUGCCGGUGAAGAAGGAGGUGCCUCUCCACCUGUGCAGCACCACCAACCAGCAGCACAAGCAGGUGGGUGUCCAGCAGCAGAUCCCCACCAAGCUGGCAGCCCUGAGCUCAAAGAAUUCGAAGAGUGCCAAGGCCACCCAUCGCACCGACAGCACAGCCUCUCUGGAUAUGAAGCAAAUGCUGCCUAUGAAGUUGUCAGCCAGAGAGGACGGCACUCUGAAAGCCAAGCGCUCCAUCAGCCCUAACCAGCAGCUUCCUCACACCCUAGUCCACUCCCAGUCCAUGCACUUGACAGUUUCAUUGAGCCCUCCAGACAGGGGGCCAGAGAACCAGCCCGCCGGCCUACAGAAGCCCCCCAGCCAGGCCUCCAACCCCCUGCACAUCCACACCCAGCCCCAGGCUCCUAACCCCCUCCACACCCAGAGCCCUAACCCCCCUCCUGCACAGGCCCCUGUCCACGGCCACAGCCUGCCCCCUCCAGGCAGGAUCUCCGAGGAUGUAAUCUUCUUCUGAGCCCCCCCCCCCCCCACGGUAGUCAGGGACCAAAGGGGGGCCUAUGAUGUCAGAUCUCUAGAAACUGUUCACCAGAGCUCUGGAACAGAACACUUUUCCUUUUUAAAAGAUGUAAUUUAAAAAAAUUAAAAAUAACUCUGUUCAUUCUUUCUUAGAAGAAUCUAUAUUAUCAUGUCUCCCUAAAACUAAUUCCAAUAAUUGUAUUGAAUCAUUUUUUUUAAUUGAACCUCCGAUUAUUGAAUAUGAAGAAAGACAGCUAUGAUUAAUAUGAAGGUUUAUAUUAAACAUGAAGGGGUCACGUGACGAUCUGGACAAAUCCAGAGAGAGAGAGAGAGAGAGGCGCGAGAGAGAGAGAGGCGCGAGAGAGAG